AUGUCUUGUUAUGGAAAACGUCCACGCCUCAGCCUUGAGGAAGACCUGCAUGAGCAGGCUGAAACUGAGGACUUGGGGUCUCUACACCUUCACACAGCUGAGCUAGAGGAGAUGGAAGUAGGAAGUGAGAAAAAAGAGGAGAAAGUGGAGGUGGAAGAUAAGGAGAAGGAUGAAAAGAUAAAGGAAGAAGAAAUGGAAGAUUAUGAAGAUGAAGUGGUGGGUAGGGAGACAAAGACAGAAGGGGAAGAGCAUGCAAAUGAAGAAGAUGACAACUUAUCUUCCAUCUCUUUUUCCUCAUUUAAUGUUUCCUUGCCUUCUGGUUCUCCUCCUUCUCCAUUCUCUUUUUCCUCUUCCUCUUGUUCUACUCUGUUUCCAGACACACCUGAGGAUAAUGAGGGAAAUUCUUCUAUGAUGCUGAGUAUUCCUCAGAAUCCUCAGAGUUCCUUGUUUUCCUCCUCAUUAUGGAAUAAUUUAAACAUUGAAUCCAGUAACCAGGAAGAAGAGAAUUCAGGGAGCUUUCAGCCUCCAACAGAUGCCGAAUCUCUGCUGAAAAUCAAAAUAAAAGAAAAGGCAACUGAUUUGGUAUUUCAGUGCCUCUUUAAGUAUCGAGUGAAGGAACCUAUCACAGAAGAGGAAAUACUUAAAAUUAUCACCAAAGAGUAUGAGAACUAUUUUCAUGAUAUCUUAUCUGAAGCUUCUAAAUACAUGGAGAUGACUUUCGGCCUUGAUAUAAAGGAAAAUGAUCUUAUAAGUAGAUCUUAUAUUGUUGUCAACUCAUUGAAUCUCACCUAUGAAGAUAACCUGAAUGAUGGUCAGAGAAUGCCUAGAAAUGUUUGCCUGAUACUUAUUCUGGGAGUAAUAUUUGUAGAGGGGAACUGUGCUUCUGAAGAAAGAAUCUGGGAAUUCCUCAAUAUGAUAGAAAUGUAUGAUGGUGAGACCCACAUCAUGUAUGGGGAACCCAGGGAAUUUCUGACCAAAGAAUUGGUAGAGCAAAAUUACCUGGUGUAUCAGCAAGUGCCUAACACUCAUCCUCCAUGCUUUCAGUUCCUGUGGGGUGCAAGAGCCCAUGCUGAAACCACAAAGAUGAAAGUUCUGGAAUUCUUUGCUAAGGUCAAUGGGUGUGACCCAACAUCAUUCCCAUUAUUGUAUGAGGAAGCUUUGAAAGAAGAGAUGAAUACUGCCUCUGUACCUAACAGUCCAUCAAUGUUCAGUACAGACCGUUGA